CCCCGAUCUCUGACCCUCUACGCUCGUCUCGCACCAGCUCUAGCUCUGCUCUCCUGCCAACUCUACGUCCUUCCUGUCUCCACACCCCUGCUAACUUCGUCCCCUGGCCCUUGCACGGGCUUCCCGUUACACAGGUCUAUCCAACUCAACGCAUAGGUUGUAUACUGAUGCUAUUGCCAAAGUAAAGGGUCCGAACAACGUCGAGGUUUGUUCCUGGAGCAGAACGAAUGGGUGCUUCAUCAAAAAACAUCCACUUGGUUACAUCCAACCUCUUCAAAUCAUGCACGCGAAUUUUUUUUAUUCGUGCAUUUGUUCUGCCACGUGAUGACCACAUAUCACUUCUUCGAACAGGACGAUGAAUGGAUGGCUCAAACGUUCUUCACCGGCAUGAUGUUCAUCCUUUAAAACGUUUAUUUACUAAAAUUUGCCUACACAGGUGGGACGAUGCCUUCUCACGACCCUCUCACGUACUUCCACUCAGAUCUGACCCUCAUCAGAAGCUGGCAUAUUAACGGUCGAAAUUACUUUCGUAUACUCGAAGCGUGGUUCGAGAAACACGAUCGUGAUGCUAAAGCCGGCAUCGAAGAACUCGAGGAAUACGCAGCUUCAAAGUGCCUCGAGGAGGGAUGCCAGUGAUCAUGACCUAUAGAAGGCUUUACGGCCCUAUCUGCGGUUAACUGGUUCUCAAUUCAGGUUUCGCGUCUUUUAUAAUGUUGGCCUGUUCGGAACUUUUCGCCCAUCGUGGUAGUGAAGAGUGAUGCAUGGGACAUUGCUUAUUCA